AUGGUGCAUUGUGGUCAAUUUGAUAUAGCACGUUAUUCUUUUGAGAUGUUUUGUGCUUUUAAUUGAAUAUUCAUUGCCGUAGACGCUGGUAUAUUUAAUUUUUCCAAAUAGCAAUGAUUUUGUCAACAACAGUAAAAGGAAAAGCUUAGAGAUAUAUGCAUUGGAAGUUGCUGAUUUAUAAAUUUGAUAAAUAUUUCUUCCUAAAAUGACCGAACAUGUAGAAGAAAGCAUGCCAUCUCCAGAGGCAUUAAAUUCUGCAAUACCCACCACCCACAUAAGUAAUGAAAUGGUUCUGACAAAAAUAACAUCUCGCAGCAAAGCCAGCGAUGAACAGACCGUUCAGUCGUCCGAACUAUUACCUUAUAUUAUUGUGAGCCAAUCACUAUCUGGUCAUGCCCAAAAAUCUCCUUGUGAAAAUGUGACUGCGGAUCAGGAGACAGAAUUAUACGAUUCUAGUGUUUUGAAAACUGAUUCCCAACAUACAAUAACGGCUACUGAUACAAUAACUAUAACCAAAGUUUCAUCUAUGGAAGGAUACAAAACGCUUUUUGACGAGCCUGAUGUUUGUGGAAAUGAUUUUCAGUGUGACAACAGUCGAGCUUCGACGCCAAGCUCUUCAGAUUCUAUAAUAUCUUUGUCUUUUUCGUUUAACGAUAGUGACGAUGGUUCUUUUUAUAUGGACAUGGAUGAGAUUGUGGAUGAGAGAAAUGGCAUGGUGGAUAGCAUAGAGGAUGAGAGAAAUGGCAUGGUGGAUAGCAUAGAGGAUGAGAUAGGUAGCGUGGUUGAUAACGUAGAGGAUGGGAGAAAUGUCAUUGUUGAUUACGUAGACAAUGGGAGAAAUGGCAUGAUGGAUAACAUAGACAAUGACCAGCCAAGUCAGAUGUCUGCGAAUUUUAACGAAACAAUCAAUACAAACAGCCAUAUGAAUACAAUUUCUACAUAUCAGUGUCAAAGUAAAGUAGAUGAUAAGAUAAGCAAAUCUUCGAAUGGCGAAUGUAUUGGUGUGACAUGUGAUGAUAUAACGUUCGUAACAGACGAAAAAGAUGUGAUGUCUACACAAAAUAUGAUCGAAGCUGGCGUUCAACAGUAUCAAUGUGAUGCAGAGGAUGUCAACUCAGAUGGAUAUGAGCAUUGCAGCAGUUCUGUGAACGCAUCAGAUUUUUCAGACAUGUUUGCUUCACCCACUCCUGUGUGUCUUUUUGCUAACAAAAACUUCAUACAAGCCAAAGUGAAACAAAACAAUUCAGACUUAUUCAUUAGUUGUUCAAACGUCGACAAAAUAUCAACUAGCACAAAUUCUGCCGGCAACAAAAGAAUUCAAGUAAAUAUGCUUUGCAACCCGAAUGUAUCUACAAACAUGGAUCAAACAGGACAAUGUUUUUCUGACAGUUCACAGUUAUCCAUAUGUAAUAUAAAGGACUUAAACAAGAGUCUUUUAUCAGAUUCCAUGAGAGGAAUACAACAUUCAGUUAUUAAGAAAGAGAAUGUAACAGAGGACCAAAUGAGUACAAGGGUAUGUCCAGUUUUGCAGACUGCUGUUUCAGCACAGGUAUCAAACAAUAAGGAAACUCCAUCUUUUGUUGAUGUCAUAAAACAAACCACGCCAUUUUCUAUGUCUGUCACAAAGGAAAACCUUUUUUCUAAAUCUGCUUCAAAAUCACUGAAAUCAGUUAUUUAUAGAUCACAUCCUCGGGAAUCAACGUUAUUGCUUGGCAAAUCAGAUGUUACUGUUACACUGAAAGGUUCUAAAUGUGGUGGAAUGCCUUCAAUAAGUAGCAUUAUUCCAGUUCAUUCUGAUAACUCCCAUGUGGAACUAAAAGGAAAUUCAGAAAAACAAAGUAACCAUUCUUCAACUGACUUUUCCAUGGAAGAAUCAUCAAUGACCAAGAUUUCUAAUGAGUCAAAUGUAUCUUUUACUGGUUCUAUAAUCAAACCAUGUACUGUCAUUACAGGUCAGACGCAAACACAUGUUUUGUCAGUACCCAUUGAUCGAAAAAAACGAACACUUCAAUCAAUUUUAACAACUCGGAUACCGAUAACUUCUCCAAAACAAUUAGCAAUGAAGAAAAAAGCCGAAUUAAUAUACAAUCAGAUAGCAAUGAAGAAAUUAAAAGAAGCCGGAUUAAUGUAUAUACGAAAUAGCAAUGCAUCAGUCAAGAUGAAGAGUAAAACGGAUGAUGCUGUCAUGCGACAAAGCAUUUUAGAAAACAAUAAACCAUCUAUGCCAUAUGUUACCAUGUCAUCAGGUGGUAAGACGAUUGUUCCACCUAGAUCAAAAUCGACUUCAGUGUACACAAAUUCAAUAUUGAAACCUCGGUCAAGUGAAAUUCCUCCAGUAAUAUAUAGAUUAGAUGCAACAUUUAAAAAUCCUGUAUCAACAAGUACAAAGUUAACAACAGAGUCAACUGUACCAAUUUUAGUUAAGAAUGCAUCCGGAACAUAUUCCUAUGCGUAUCUUAGUAUUAAUAAUGAUGGCAUACCAAAAUCAAAGCCGAACGAAAAUUAUUCAAUUUUACCAAAAGUUAAUACUGAUACCUCUGUAAACAUGAUAAAGCUAGAACCGCCAACAUCAAGUUUACUAAAUUGUCCUACAUCCACAAAAUUAGUAAAGGACAAUUCGAUAUUACCAACAAUGUCAAACUCGUCUACCGUUCCUACAAUGACCACCGUUCCUACAAUGACCACCAGGACUAGUAUGAUCAAUUUAACUAGGCUUUUAACAAGUAAUCUGAAUAAGUCUUCUGUUACAACUAACUGUAUUAAUAUGUCAUCUGAACCUAUCAGCAGUGUAACAUCUGUUCUGCCGACUACAGUUAAACAACAGAAAUCGAGAAAUCCUACAGUCAAAGUUAAGACAAUGAAUUUAACAUUAAGUGAACUAAGGAAAACUAAAAAGCUAGUUGAGGAAAAUUUAGAACUGUUGAAAAAAACAAAUUGUGGAAGUAAGGAAACAUUUGACAGUUAUAGCAAUAUUUUAAAGACUAUAGCUGAUCAUGAAAGUUCAAUGUUUAACACUUCAACCAUGGUAAAUCAGACAUUAAAGGUUCCUCCAAACGAUUGUGUUACAUCAAUCCAAGCACCUUUAGUAACCCAUGCUGGUACAAGUCUACCUCAAGCACCGUUAUUUUCUCAAGUUUCAAAAGUUUCACCAACCUGCCAAGUGUUCCCGACAAAGUUGACGUCAUUUCCAAGCAGUGGAACUAAGGUGCCAAUACCUGUAAGAAAACAAUCUGAAAACCAGAUUAAAGGUCUUAAUAGACCCAUAGUUGUUAAGGUGGUUUAUGGGCCAGAGAAUGUAAAAGGAAAAUUAGAAAUGACUACGCAUGAUCAGAUAUUGGACGAAUCUACUGGACAAUUCCGAACUUCAAGUUUUUUAAAUGAGAAAGACAGGACAUUGAAGCAAUCCUUGUCAGUUCCAAAGGAAACAAUUGCUGUAUAUAACACUACAGAGACCAACACAAGUGCAGAGUCAUCCUCUGCAGAAUCUUGUAGUGUAUCAUCAUUUGCCAAAACAAGAAUUAAAUCCUGGUUUUCUACGAAAAAUUCUGCAUCAUCGAUCCCAUGUACUGAAAUAAACUCAACGCUUGCAAACACGCUUACAAACUCAUCUGUUUAUACAAGUAGUGUGUCAUCGUUGUUACCUUCUUUCAAUAAAAAUCUUAUCUCAUCAUAUGGGAACUUAACUGUUUCAUCGCAACUUGACAAUGCAAAUAUCGUUUCAUCAUUAACCAAUAAAAAGCUUAUAACGUGCGCUAAUACAAAGGUUGUUUCAUCACUUCCUCAAAUAAGUGCUGUAUCGCCAUAUGCCAGUAAAAGUGGUGAAUCACAGUUUUCCAAAUCAAAUGUUAUAUCACCAAGGAAAAUUGUUCCAUCAAAAUUGAGUUACGAAAGGUACGUUCCAAUUGAUACAACGGCUGGUUCAAGUAUACUGCAGAGUAUUCUAACAACACGUACCAGUAAACAAAGUGGUAAAGUACAAAAACUUACUCCAUAUUAUUCAUUAUAUGAUAAAGACUUUCCACAUAAGCGUUUACCGAAAGAUCCAAAAAAUUACCAAAGUAUUACAGUGCCUAUCAGUAUACCGUCUACUGUUAUUCAAAGCCCAGGUCCGACGCAAGCUACAACAAAUGCAACAGUGAAUAUUUUAGCUCCCUCAACUUUGUUCAGACAAAAUGACUUUACCGCAGAUGGUUUUAAGUGUGCCUCAGAUAUAUAUGGUAUUGCGAGUAAACAAAGUGGUAAAAUACAAAAACUUACUCCAUAUCAUUCAUUAUAUGAUCAAGACUUGCCACAUAAGCGUUUACCAAAAGAUAUACAAAAUUACCAAAGUAUUACAGUGCCUAUCAGUAUACCGUCUACUGUUAUUCAAAGCCCAACUCCUACGCAAGCUUCAACAAACGCAACAAUGAAUAUUCCAGCUCCCUCUUCUUUGUUCAAACAAAAUGACUUUACCGCAGACCAUUGCAACUGUGGUUCAGAUGGUUGCAAUUGUGCCUCGGAUGGAUAUGGUAUUAAAAUUGAUUCUGUGUAUUCAUUGCGACAGGAUGAUACGAUACCCGAGAAUGCUGUCCAAAGUACCCGAUCAUCUCUGAGGGAUGGUUCCGAAACGGAGACGGAUGAUGAAGGAGAGCAGGCGACCUAUUUUAGUUAUCAAUUUGAUUGUAACAUACGGAAAGCAAGGGUCAAACUUAGCAAGGCAGCAAAGGAAGAUGACAGAUUAUGGAAACCUUGUUAUGUUGUGCUUCAGGGUUUAAAAGGGAAGUCUGUUUUACACUCUUGCUGUACAAGUUAUUGUAGAAAGUAUAUUGUCAGAAGGUUGUGUAAAAGAAUUUUUAAUAAAGCAAUGCUAUUAAAGAAAGAACUUCUAGUUUCUAAGAAUAAGAAAAAAUAUAUCCGUUCAUUUAAGAAAAGGAUACAAGAGAAACCAACUCAAUGGACUCAACAAAUUACAGAUGGUGUACUUGAAAACACGAAAGCUUCCAACAACUCUAAACAUGAAUCUUUUCGAUACGGACAAAAUGUUGGCAGAAAUGAGAAUGACAAUACACCGACAUCUUGUAAACGUGCAAGAAUAGAAAUAAGUACUCUGGCAUCAAGUAAAAUAAAACGUUUAAAGGACGAAGUAAAAGAGCGGGAAAGGGCUCUAGAUGAUAUGAAACGCAAACGAACACUGGAUAAUGAUUAAGAUAAUCUUUGGCAAAUAAUUUGUUGAAAUGAAUAGUAUGUUACAUUGAUAAGAAAAGAAAAAAAGGGAUUACUGAUUAUAGCUCUUAAGCUUAUUUUUAGAAGUGGAAUAGUUAACUUUAUCUAAUAUGUCCUUCGUUUUUAUACCAUUUACAUGUUUACUUAUGCGAGCAUUUCUUAGCCAGUAAAAUAAAUGCCUUCAGUUCAAAGAGGUAGUGUCUAUUAAACAUUAUUUUACAUCA